AUGACACCCCACAGAGACUACUCAGCCGAACUCAGUAAAGCAUGCGGUAGAGGCCAUCCGAUCGCGAACCCGCAACCCGGCAUUGGCAGCGAUGGCCGCCCGCUGCGGCCCAUCGAAGUCGGAGACGUUGGAUACAUCUCUGACAUCCACGGCAACUUCAUACGCAUGUUCAACGUACACCUUGCACCAGGCGCCGACGGACAGCCCAGUGCGGACAGUCUUCCCGACAACUUCGAGCCGCUAGUCAGAAGACCCAUCUCACUCAUCUUCGAUCAAACACCCAUCUUUAAGUCACGUAGCGUUUCCGCCAAGGGCGCGAAAGCAGGUGUGGGCGGUCCUUUCUUGGGCGGCUCUGUAGCAUUCAGCGCGUCGAGCGAACAUGGCGCCAUCUUAGCUGCACCGGAUCCAAUCGAAUGUUAUGACGCCCAACACAAGCUCAGCUACAAGACGUAUGCCAUGGCGCACAUUGAAGAAUAG